AGUCUAAUGAUCCGCUGCGACGACCCCUAGCUAGUGGAUCGGUAGUUGGGAUGUGAAACCGCUGGGGCGGGCGUUGUCCUCGUUCAGGGAGGAUGGCCGUUGCCAAGAUCAUGGAUCUCGACGUGGACAAUACGAUCACGAAAACCUUAAUGGGGAGGUCCACAGACGUGGUGAUUCCGGUGAAGGCGUAUAAGAGGGCUGUUAAGACUCCUAAGAGUUGCUUCGGGACUAAACAACCCCAACUUCAUCAUACAACUCGGUCUAGACCACACACUUCCACCCAGACAUAGACAAAAUGCAACCCCCCGUCCUCGCCGUCCUUCUCUCCGCUGGCCUCGCGUCGGCCGCGGCCACCAACACCAACCUGCAGACCAAGUUCCCCACGGCCACCAGCACCACCGGUCUGCCCGCCGUCAAGACCAUCGCCGCCGGCCAGAAAUUCGAUGGUCAGAUGCUCCAGUGGGACCGCAGCCCGUCGACGUGCAAGCAACAGACAGAGACCGGCGACAAGGACGCCGUCUUCAUCCUCGAGGAUGGCGCCACCCUGAGCAACGUCAUCAUCGGCCCCAACAACGGCGAGGGCAUCCACUGCAAGGGCACCUGCACCCUGAACAACGUCUGGUGGACGGACGUGUGCGAGGACGCGGCCACGUUCCUGCAAAAGUCCGGCACGUCGUACGUCAACGGCGGCGGCGCGCGCGGCGCGUCGGACAAGGUGCUGCAGCACAACGGCGGCGGCACGGUGCACGUCAAGAACUUCCUGGCCAGCAACAUCGGCAAGCUGUACCGCUCGUGCGGCAACUGCAAGACGCAGUACAAGCGCGCGUCCACCUUCACCAACAUCCGCGUCACCGACAAGUCGUCCGUCGUCGCCGGGGUCAACGCCAACUACGGCGACACCACCACCAUCAAGGACUCGUGCGUCCUCAAGGGCGCCAUCUGCAACGUCUUCCAGGGCAACAGCAACGGCAAGGAGCCCAAGAAGAUCGCCAGCACCCCGACCGGCACUGCCUGCGUCGCGCAAGCUGUCAAGACUUCGGGUUGCUAAGGAGGGAUUCGUGGUUUUGGUGAUGAGGGGAUGCGGUGAGUGCUCGAAGCACUUGAGGUUGGGGUGCUCGGUUCCAUUCUUCACUACCUGUGACAUAUUUACUUAGUACAUAUUUUGGUCUGUAUACUGUACAUAAACUUCGUACUACUAUACCAGUGAUCCCUGGAACUCGCUACAACACUAUCAGCCCUUGACUACAGUACCAUGGUUUUUGUCUGGCGAAACA